AUGUUUUUCCGGAAAGAAACAUGUUUUUACAAACAUUUGUUUUUAAUAAUUUUAUUUUUUCAGGAAAUUCGUUUUUCUGAAAACACAACAUUAGUAGAUGAUAUUAAAUUAUUGGACAGAAUUUUUGAACAAAAAAUAAUUAAAGAACAAUCAACUAAAAAGGAAGAAAAGAAAAUAAUAAUAAAACAAAAGAAGAGAUUAGUGAAGGAUAAAGGCCCUAGAGCAAGAAUUUUAUUAGUUGGAGAUCAUUCAUUGUUUGAAAAAUUUUUUGGAUUGUAUGGUGAAGAUGAAUAUGCUGCCUAUAAUGGUCUCAGUUUAUAUUUAAAUGGAAUAUUCAGUCAAUUAAAAUCUGUGUUUGAUAAUCAACUUUAUUUCUUUAAUAAAUUCUCUUUGAGAUUAGAAAUGGUUGGCAUGCCAAUGAUUAUUCUUCGCCCAAAAGAUUGCCCACUACGAGGGCCAUUACAAAAUUUUAUCAGUCAACAUUAUCUAGAUAAAAUAAACACAACAUUAAUUAAUUCUUCUGUUCCUUUAACAAACUCUUCUAUUCAAAUUCAACUGGAAAAACAACAAAAACAAAUGAAUUAUGUUUGGCGUUCGUUAGAUAGCUUAGUAGCAGUGCAGUGGGCAAGUAAGUGGGUUAAGCAAAAUGAACCCACAGGGAAUUUACCGAUUCAUGAACAUUUGAUGAUUAUAACAGCUUUGGAUUUACUUUCACAUCGAAAUGAUUCUUCUACUCAAGGAAUGGCUUAUGUUCGAGCAAUUUGUAGAGGUUAUGAUAGCGUUUCGAUUGUUGCAGCACAUGAAUUGGCUCAUAGUAUUGGAGCGUCUCAUGAUGGAUUUGGCGAAAGCGAAAAUUGUUCGGCUCGUCAAAAUUUUUUAAUGACUCCAGUCUCUGCUUCACACCCAUUCGAUGCUAAAUUUGGCGAUACUUUUGGAAAUGCAUUUAUUUUGAGUAAAUGUUCUCGACAACAAAUUGAAGAUUUUUUUAAUUCAUCAGAUUCUAAUUGUCUUUGGUCAGAAGAAGAAGAAAAAAAUUUAUUCUGGUCAAUGUUAGAAGAAGAAUUUCAAUCGUCUUUAAAUGCUUUAAAUAAAAAUGGAAGCAAUAUUUUAUUUGAUGAUGAAAAUUAUUUGUUGGAAGAGGAGAAACAAUUGAUGAAUAAUAAAAAUGGAAAAGAAGAGGAAAUUAAAUUUUUAAAAAUUUUACCGGGAGAACAAUUUAAUCCUUCUAGACAAUGCCAAAUAGCCUUUGGGCCUAGUUAUGAUUUCCUUUUGUUAACGUCUGAUUCCUGUCGUCGUCUAUGGUGUAAAGAUAGACGCCAAAGACGGUGGGGGCCCUGUGAGACUAAAGGAUUUUUACCUUUAAUGGAUGGAAGUAGUUGUGGAGAUCGAAAGUGGUGUAUAAGAGGACAAUGCCGGCCAAUGCCUGGAGUAUCAGAAGAGGGAAACAAGAACAGUAAUAAUGAGGAGAAUAAAAGUUCGGGUAAACAAUGA